CCAAACCCCGCCCCAACCCCACCCAACCCAAAAUAGAAACCCUGAACCCCAUCAAUGGAAACAAUCACUCACCGAAGAGUAGCAGUCAACGGCGUCAACCUCCACGUGGCGGAGAAAGGGGAGGGGCCGGUGGUCCUCCUAAUCCACGGCUUCCCUGAGCUCUGGUACUCUUGGCGCCACCAGAUCCUCUCCCUAUCUUCCCUCGGUUUUCGCGCCGUCGCCCCCGACCUCCGAGGCUACGGCGACCUCCGACGCCCCUCGCUGCAUCCUCGAUCUUAUUCCAUCCUUCAUAUCGUCGGCGAUCUCGUUGCCCUAAUCGACUCCCUGGGCCAAGAUAAGGUGUUUGUUGUGGGCCAUGAUUGGGGAGCGACAGUGGCGUGGAAUCUGUGCAUGUUGAGGCCGGACAGGGUGAAGGCACUGGUGAACAUGAGCGUGGUGUUUAGUCCUCGGCAUCCAAAGUGGAAGCCCGUUGAUUCGAUUAGGGCUCUUCUUGGUGAUGAUCACUACAUUUGUAUGUUUCAGGAACCUGGGCAGGUAGAAGCUGAGUUUGCUCGGAUGGAUAUUAAGUUGUUAGUGAAUUCCAUCUUAACGUAUCGUGAACCAGCUCCUCUUACAGGAUCAAAGAUAAAAGGAUUCAGAGAAUCACCUGUUGAAGAGUUGCCCCCUUGGCUAACUGAAGAAGACAUCCAUUAUUUUGUCAGCAAAUUUGAUAAAUCAGGUUUCACCGGAGGAUUAAAUUACUAUCGUAAUAUGAACCGGAACUGGGAGCUCACAGCACCGUGGACUGGGGUCAAGAUACAAGUACCAGUCAAGUUCAUAGUUGGGGAUCUGGACCUCACUUACAACACCGGGAAUGUCAAAGAUUACAUACACAAAGGUGGCUUCAAAAGAGAUGUUCCAUUCCUACAGGAUGUAGUUGUGAUGAAAGGAGUAGGUCACUUCAUCAACCAGGAAAGACCAAAUGAGAUCUCUGAUCACAUAUACGACUUCAUCCGCAAGUUCUAACUUCCUCAGAAAAGUAAGUUUGUAAUAGAUAUCUGUAGCAAGUUAAUAUGCCUGCAAAUUCCAGUUAAAACCGAAUCUGUGUACACUUUACUGACUGCAAACUUGUUAGUAACAUGUACCUUCUAAAGUUAUGAAAUCUUAACCAGCUCCUAGAGUUGUUAAA